AUGCCCUACGCUGCAAAGGGGCCUGCACCGGCAUUCGGAAGAUUUCUCACCUUUGACCACAUCACCUUCAUCGUGGGCAAUGCCCGCCAGGCAGCCGCCCACUACUGCGUUCACUUUGGCUUCACGCCCUUUGCCUACAAGGGCCUGGAAACGGGCUCCAGAGACAUUGCCAGUCACGUGGUGAAGCUAAACGACAUCGUCCUCGAGUUUCAGUCCCCACUUAAACCGGAUCACCCUGCCGACCUCACUGGGCACCUCACCAAGCACGGCGACGCCAUCAAGGUGGUCGCCUUUGCUGUCGAGGACAUCGAGGCCAUCGUGCAGACUGCCAAAGACGCCGGUGCUCAGGUGGUCCAGGACGUGGAGGAGGAGUUCGAAGGCGGCGAUGGCGGUUCGGUCAAGACGGCGGUCUUUGCACCUUUUGGCGACACUGUUCACAAGCUGGUGGAGCGAACUGCCGACUUCAAGGGCCGAUUCAUGCCCGGCUACGAGCAGCCCGAUCUGAAGAUACACCGUCUGCUGGAGGCGCUGCCGCCUGCACCUCUGCUCGCCAUCGACCACCUCGUCGGCUGUCAGCCUGACGCCCAGCUGGAGCCAGUGGUCAACUGGUACGAGAGGGCGCUCAACUUUCACCGCUUCUGGUCGGUGGACGACAGUCAGAUUCACACGGAGUACUCGGCACUUCGGACGACCGUCAUCGCCAACUGGGAGGAGACCAUCAAGAUGCCCAUCGUCGAGCCGGCACCCGGGCUGAGGAAGAGUCAGGUGCACGAGUUUGUAGAGUACUUUGGCGGUUGUGGCGUUCAGCAUGUGGCACUGCGAACGGAGGACAUUAUUUCGGCUAUUCAGAUCUUGCAGUCACGUGGCGUGGAGUUCCUCAAAACGCCUCCAGUCUACUAUCAGAAGAUUCGUGAACUUCUUUCCAAAAGUCCGGUCACUGUACUGGAGGACCUAGAGGUGCUGGAGAAGCUGAACAUACUCUUGGACUUUGACGACACCGGAUACUUGUUGCAGAUAUUCACCAAGCCACUUCAAGAUCGACCGACGCACUUUCUUGAGAUCAUUCAACGGCGAAAACACCAAGGUUUCGGGGCAGGCAAUAUAAAGACACUUUUUGAAGCCGUUGAGUAUGAACAGGAGCGAAGAGGUAACCUGGUGACUGAGGUCAAAGGGUAG